AUGACAGCAACCAUUAAAUGUGUAGCUGCCUCCGACUCCGACAUAAACCGGUUUGAUGCGGAGAAUCAUAUGUUUAGAAAGACAGACAACACCGGUAGAGACAGACAACACCGGAGAGAGAGAGACAACACCGGAGAGAGAGACAACACCGGAGAGACAGACAAGACCGGAGAGACAGACAAGACCGGAGAGACAGACAACACGGAGCGACAGACAACACCGGAGAGAGAGACAAACACCGGAGAUAGAGACAACACCGGAGAGACAGACACCGGAGAGACAGACACCGGAGAGACAGACAACACCGGAGAGACAGACACCGGAGAGACAACAAACACCGGAGAGACAGACAACACCGGAGAGACAGACAACACCGGAGAGACAGACACCGGAGAGACAGACAAACACCGGAGAGACAGACAACACCGGAGAGACAGACAACAGGCGGAGACACAGACAACACCGGAGAGAGAGACAACACCGGAGAGACAGACAACACCGGAGAGACAGACAAACACCGGAGAGACAGACAGCGGAGAGACAGACAGCGGAGAGACAGACAACACCGGAGAGACAGACAGCGGAGAGACAGACAACACCCGGAGAGACAGACAACACCGGAGAGAGAGACAACACCGGAGAGACGGACAACACCGGAGAGAGAGACAACACCGGAGAGACAGACAACACCGGAGAGACACACAACACCGGAGAGAGAGACAACACCGAGAGAGAGCAGAGAAAGAGGAGACAGAACGGAGAAGAGAGCAUCAGACAACACGGAGAGAGAGACAACACGAGAGACAGAAAACCGAGAGACAGACAAACACGGAGAGAGAGAACACAGAGACAAACCGAGAGACAACACGGAAAAACACAAUAGAAAAAAACACCGGAGAACAACAAACCGAGAAAACACCGAAGAAAAAAACAACACCGGAAAGACAAAGGAGAGCGCAACAGAAAAAAAAGGGAGAAAACAACACCGAAAAACAGACAGAGAGACAGAACGGGGAAAGACAGACAAACAGGAGAAAACAAAAAAAACAACACGAGAAAAAAAGGACAAAGACAGGGAUAACAACAAACGGAGAGAAGACAAAACAGAAAAGAGAAAGAAAACCCGGAGAGAGAGACAAACAGCGGAGAAAGAACCGGAGAGAAAACAACACCGGAGAGAAGACACCGGAGGAGAGAACAGAAAGAAACCGGGAAGAGACAGACAAGACAGGAAGACAGACAAACCUGAGAGGCAAGACAAAUAAACCGAGAAAGAAAGGAAAGAGAGAGAAAAGAAGAGCAGAAAAAAACGGGAGAAAAAAAACAAAAAACACCGGAUAG